GGCAGAGUUCAGAGACGAUCUGGGCACUAACAGCGAGUCCAGCAGCUCUCAGUGCAACCCGUGCCACCAUGUUCGUUUCUAUUAUCCUCCUGGUUGUUUGCGUUGGUUUCAUCAUCCUUCAACUGAAAUCCCGGAGGCCCAAGAACUUCCCACCGGGACCCCCUGCCCUGCCCGUCCUGGGGAACCUCUUACAUCUGAGCCUGGAGAAUCCUCUGAAGGACUUUGACAGGCUGAGGAAGAAGUAUGGAGACGUCUACAGCCUCUACCUCGGCCCCAAGCCUGCGGUCAUCCUCAACGGGCAGAGUGCGAUAAAGGAGGCUCUGGUGACCAAAGGAAUUGAUUUUGCUGGACGACCUGAUGACCUGUUCGUGAAUGACGUCACCCAGAAGAGAGGCUUGGUCCUGGCGAACGUUGGCCCCAGCUGGAGGGAUCACCGUCGCUUCGCUCUGUCGACCUUGAGGAACUUUGGUAUGGGGAAGAAUUCAAUGGCGGACAGGAUCCAUGGAGCAUACAUUGUGGAGGCAAUGGAAAAAAACGUUGGCAAAAGUGUGAAUCCUGCAAUUCUGGUUUACAACACGGCCUCCAACAUCAUAUGCCAGGUUCUGUUUGGAACUCGCUUUGAGUACGACGACGAGUUCAUCAAAGUGAUCGUUCAGUGCUUUAGAGAAAACGCCAAGUUAGGAAGCGGACCCUGGGCAAUGUUGUACGACUCUUUUCCGAUGAUUCGUAACUUGCCGCUGCCGUUCGCCAAGGCCUUUGAAAAUUUUAAGACUGCUAUGAAAUAUGUACAUCAAUUCCUGGACGAGCACAAGAAAACCAGAGAUCCUGGAGAUCCACGCGACUUCGUUGACUGCUAUCUGGACGAACUGGACAAGAGAGCUGGUGAGGAUUCUUCAUUUUCAGAGGAAGAACUAAUUUCGAACUCCCUUGAUCUUCACUUUGGUGGAACUGACACGACCUCCAACACCCUGCUUACUGCUUUCCUCUACCUCAUGGCCUACCCACACGUACAAGAGAGUUGCCAGCAGGAGAUAGAUGAGGUGCUGGAAGGGAAGCAUUCGGUCACAUAUGAUGACAGACAUAACAUGCCAUACAUGCAGGCUAUGAUCCAUGAAGUGCACAGGAUAGGCAACAUCGUUCCACUCAGCAUCAUCCACUCAACAACUAAAGACACUGAGCUCAUGGGAUACUCCAUUCCCAGGGGUACGUUGGUCAUCCCUAACCUGGGCUCAGCCCUGAGAGAGGAGGGACAAUGGAAAUUCCCUGAUGAAUUCCACCCAGAAAACUUCCUCAACGACAAGGGAGAGUUUUUCAAACCCGAGGCCUUCCUUUGUUUCUCUGCAGGUCCUCGGAUGUGUCUGGGAGAGGGUCUGGCUCGUAUGGAGCUCUUCCUCAUCCUGGUGACUCUGCUGAGGAAGUUCAGGUUUGUCUGGCCUCCGGAUGCCGGAGAGCCAGACUUGACUCCGGUCUACGGGAUCACCCUGUCUCCCACACCUUACUGCAUGAAUGUCCAGCUCAGGGCGACACAAAAUGCACUGAACUCCGUACUCUCUCCAGAGGAGCUGCACGUGUGAACCCAAUGUCCGACCUCUGCCUGUUUCCCCUCUCACCUGAAUAAUGAGGAGCGGUUGUGAACCACAGAUCAGAUUAGUGUGCCCAGCACUCUUGUGGCCUGAGAUGUGCACAACACUGCAACACUGAAAAAUACCGUCAGACACUCAAUACUGCAUUCACAUCUUAGAAUCACCUGAACAACACUCAGAACAUGUGUUUUUCUUGUUUUAUGUACAUAUUUAUAAAUGUAUUCCCAUAGUGUGCCACCUCUGCAUGGAUCAAGGAUUUUUUUUAAUUUGAUUUUUUAUAGUUUGUUUAUUGAGAAUCGACGAUACAAAAUGAGGACAUAAAAGAGAUACUGUACAAUGCUCACACCCACCCACACCUCCUUCCCCUCGGAUCAAGGAAUUUAAAAAAUCACCUGUCAACCAGGCAGAUUGAACCUUAAUGAAAAUAAAAAGAAUGAAAAGUUCACAUACAAACACAAAUCUGUGAGAAAUGGCUUCAGUUCUGUCAGCUUCAUGAAACGUAUGGUCUUAACAGGAAACAUCAAAAACUGCUGCGUUUCUAUGAACCUAUUAUAUAAUUAUAGAUUAUAAUUAUACUGCUGCUGAGCAGAUUUUGAUGUUUCCUGUUAAGACCAUACGUUUCAUGAAGCUGACAGAACUGAAGCCAUUUUCUAGAUCUAACUAUUUAUAUAUUUGAGGCUACACAUGACAACGCUCUUACAUUCCUGCUUAAUUAUAUGUUCUAGGAAUUCAUUCCUUCAAUAAACAGAGGUUGAUUGACUCUAUUUAAAUAACAUGUAAAAAAUGACUGCAAUUCAGCAAUGACAUUUUCUAACAGUGGGCUUUUAAAAGUGACAUAUUCCCAACAUGAUCUCACAAUUACUACAAGUUAGCUUGAGUGGAUUGGUCAAUGAAACAUCACCCAAAAAUAUCCUAUCCUAUUAUAAACAAUAACACAAACAGCCAAACUUCACACGGCUGCUGAUGAUGUUAUUUUGAUAGUGAAUGAGGCAGAGUGGGAAAUCACAACAGGGGGCAGCAACUUCAAUGGACAGGCAGAAGAGCUUGAAGUAUAUUCAUCUUUUACAUCAAUUCAUAUUUUCAUGAGAAGCAUUUAAAAUGUUGGACUCAUCUGUAACUUUUAAUUAAAACCAUUAAUUUCAAAGAUGUUAUGUUUCGAUAUAUCGACAAAAAAUAUUGUUUCUGCCAGAGAAAAUGAAGUUAAAUGACAUUCACCUUAUUUUCAUUAAUAAUUUACUUGGUCAAAGACAAGUGUUUUUCUCAUUGGACAGUGACCUUUUUAAAACCACUUAUUAGAACAAAUUCUUAUAGACUUGCUUUCAUGGGAUGUUUAGUUUGUAGUGUUUUAUUGUUAUUUUUUAUUUUCACCUUUUCUUUUUGUUGGUCACUUAUUUUCAUUGUCAUAUUAAGAUUUUACAUAUUUUUCUUACUUUGUUGUCAAAGCCCGUUGUAAACUGUUUUUCAAAAAAUGCUAUAUGAAUAAAGGUUAUUAUUAUUA